GCUCUUUACUGGACAGAAGGUCAACUUGCAGAAGUCUGGAAUUUUCUUUAGCAGGAAUACUCCCUCAAAUUUGAGAGAUAGCAUCUGUAAUGUUCUUCAGAGAAUUGUUCCUCAUAGAUCAACAAUAUACCUUGGGCUACCUUUGGGUAUUGGCAGAUCGAAAAAGGAAGCUUUUGACUUCAUCUU